CGCCGGCUGUAUUAUUUUUUGCAUAAAUAAGCUAAAGUUUGCAAUAAAAUGUUAGAAACUUUGUAUAAUUUACCGUUUCACAUACUGGUGCCGCCGAACAUCAGAGUGCGUCGCUUCAGCAUACCGCUGCCCUCGGCUAUGGCAGUUUUCUCUGUAGUGCUGCUCUCUUACUUUUUGGUUACAGGCGGCAUUAUAUACGAUGUGAUUGUGGAGCCGCCUAGCGUGGGCGCUACAGUGGACGAGCAUGGUCAUUCGAAGCCGGUGGCGUUUCUUCCUUAUCGCGUGAAUGCGCAGUAUAUCAUCGAAGGGCUCGCCAGCAGCUUUCUCUUUACCAUGGGCGGACUGGGAUUCAUCAUAAUGGACACCAUACACUCGCCUGGCAAAACGCAUCUCAAUCGCAUGCUGCUCACCUCCAUGGGCUUCAUCUUUAUACUCGUUUCCUUCUUCUCCACUUGGCUGUUUAUGCGCAUGAAGCUGCCAAGUUAUUUGCAGCCUUAAAAAUGUAUUAGCAAUCUC